UAAAUACGAACGCUCGCGUCCUCUCUCCGUCAUCACCAUCGCAUUCCUUCCUCAUCUCCUCGCGAAAACCAAACACGAGCAAAAGCCCUAGGUUUCGUAACCAGAAAUGGCUCGCACGAAGCAGACGGCGCGGAAGUCCACCGGCGGCAAGGCCCCGAGGAAGCAGCUGGCGACGAAGGCCGCCCGGAAGUCGGCACCGGCGACCGGCGGGGUGAAGAAGCCGCACAGGUUCAGGCCCGGCACGGUGGCGCUGAGGGAGAUCAGGAAGUACCAGAAGAGCACAGAGCUGCUGAUCAGGAAGCUCCCGUUCCAGAGGCUGGUCCGUGAGAUCGCUCAGGACUUCAAGACCGACCUCCGGUUCCAGAGCAGCGCCGUCGCGGCCCUCCAGGAGGCGGCGGAGGCGUACCUGGUCGGUCUCUUCGAGGACACAAACCUCUGUGCGAUCCAUGCGAAGAGGGUCACCAUAAUGCCCAAGGACAUUCAGCUUGCAAGGAGGAUCAGGGGCGAGAGGGCAUAGGAGGUGGUGUGUUGCUGUUCGUUUUGGUUUGUGUGGUAGGGUUUAAAGAUCUGGAUUUGUGGUUUUGGAGAUGAUGAGUCUGGUCUUGCUCUAGGUUUGAUGAUGAACCCAGUUGUAAAUCUGCCAGUUAGAUGUGAUUCUUGUGUUUAGUGAUGCCAAUUACUGAUUGGUCAAAUCAUUCCAUGGCUCUUCGAUCUUUCUUUUUCUGAGUAGAAUGUAUCAAUUUACAAAGCUAGACCAGAACAGGAAAAAAAUGUGUUCUUUCCAUUUGAAAUUUGUCAAGGACUCAUGGUUGUCGAGAACUAGGAGAUGGGCAAGCUGAUCUAAUCUUUAUGACUGCAAUGAGAAUUUCUGGGUCAUUGGUCUGA